UUGCCAACCACAAAAGAAUCCAUUACUGAAAAGCCCAUGGACCUCAUCAUCCGUUGUAGAAUGAAAAAGAAGACACUGAACAAACAAUCAACCAAUAAUGGAGGAAGUUUCUCAUCCUACAACUACACACACUAUCAUUGGUGACUUGAACAAGGAAAAGCUCACCUCAAAUUACUGCUUACUUCUUUUGGUUGAUUUGAUUGAUCAGAUCAACCAGUUUGUCAACUUAUAAUGCCUUACCCUCUACUUUGAUUCAUCAUCAUUAUAUUCUUGUCUUCUUGCAUUUAGCUUUUCCUUCACUAAUCACUCGUCGCCUCUCUCAUUCUUUAUUUGUUUAAGUUCUUGGAAACUAACUAAAAUACAUACCCAGAGUUUGCAUUUAGUUUCUCAGUGCAACAAUUAUCAGAAAGAUCCAAACUUUAUAUAAUUCAUGGCUUUCCAUUCUCCAUCUAUUGUAUUAAUUUUUGUUCUUUUGACCUUUUCUAUUACACCAUUUUCACGUUCCAUACCCUUUAUAGUUCUUCAUGGUAUUGGAGAUCAAUGCAAGAAUCGAGGAGUAAAAGAGUUCACUGAUUUACUGACUAACUUUUCUGGUUCUCCAGGGUUUUGCCUCGAAAUUGGGGAUGGAACGUGGGAUUCCUGGUUUCUGCCUCUGGAAAAACAGACGGAAAUUGUUUGUGACAAGGUGAAGGAAAUGAAAGAAUUGAGCAAUGGUUAUAACAUUGUUGGACUCUCACAGGGGAACUUAAUUGGUCGAGGUGUGCUAGAGUUUUGCGAGGGCGCACCUCCUGUAAAGAACUUUAUUUCUUUAGGGGGACCUCAUGCUGGUACUGCUUCUGUGCCUCUUUGUGGUUCUGGUAUUUUUUGCAUAAUUGCAGAUAACCUAAUUAAGGGAGAGAUCUAUAGUGACUUUAUCCAGGAUCACUUGGCUCCCGCUGGCUAUCUUAAACUCCCUAAUGAUAUCCCUCAUUACUUGGACAAAUGUAAGUUCCUUCCAAAGCUCAACAAUGAAAUUCCUGAUGAGAGGAACUCAACUUAUAAGGAAAGAUUCACAAGCUUGGAGAAUUUGGUCCUUAUUAUGUCCGAGGAUGACAACGUUUUGAUACCUAAAGAAACGUCUUGGUUCGGUUAUUAUCCAGAUGGGUCCUUCAAGACAAUUUUGCCUGUACAACAGACGAAGCUUUAUGUUGAGGACUGGAUUGGUCUGAAAACCUUAGAUGAAGCUGGAAGGGUUCAUUUUGUAAAUGUAUCAGGAGGCCAUCUAGGGAUCUCAAGAAGUGAUAUGGAAAAGCAUGUUGUGCCUUUCUUGGUGGAUAGCAAAGCUAGGCUGCAUGCACUUCCUCGCAAAAUAGUACCAAAGCACCAGAAAGAACAAGUUGCGGAUAGAUUAAGUGACACAACAUCAUCUAAAACUGAAAGGAUAUCAGACGGAUCUUCGUCUUUUCAAUGGCCACUCUCAGUAAAAGGUUUUCUCAGGGAACUUGUUGGGUUGAGAGGAGAAUGAUUCAGACUAACAUGUGAAUUGGAAUGGGAACACUUUGAAUGGGAAUUAAUGUGCAUUUAUAGUGAAACCCCAUAUUCUUCAUUUUGCCCUUUGAUAAGGAUGAAACCGUAUGGCUGCCACGCAUUGUUAUAGAAAUCUAUAUAAAUAUAAUACAAACACAAUAUGUUUCUAAAUCUAAAGUAAACAAAAUUUCUUGGA